AUGUAAGAAAUCAAACAAAUACCAUCAUUUCUAUCAAAAUUAUAUGAAAUUCUUGAAUCCGAAUAAAAAGCAAUCGGAUGGAAUAAGGAAGGUACCUCAUUUUAGAUUUUGGAUUCAUCUCUAUUGACAGACCAAAUAAUGCCUUAGUAUUUCAAGCAUCGCAAUUAUCAGAGCUUCCUUAGGUAAUAACUCAAUAUGUAUGGAUUUAAGAAAUUGAAAAACAAAUAGGGGAAAAGUGAAUUCCAACAUUCACAAUUCAAAAGAGGUCUCAAGUAUCAAUUUGAAGCGAUUUUCUUUAGGAAUAGUUUACUGAAGAUCAAAAGGAGAAAUUAAGAGGAUAUUAAACAAAGUUUAGAAUCUUUAACCAAAGAAUUUGAAUAAGAAUCCUAUCUCAAUGAGCAUGCAAGACUUCGCAAGUAGCUAGUGGAAUUGCAAUCAAAUUAAAGAUCUCUCUUAGAUGAGAUCAGACGUUAAAUGGAACGCAAUCGAAAUCUUCAAAGAGAAACUUAGGAUGUUGCUGAGAGAAUUAAUACGGUGAAAAGUUAUCAACUCAGAAAACUUAAUAAACUAAUUAUCAUCAUUUAGAAACUCCCUGAAGAUGCCCAGAUUAGUAAAAUGGCAUUGAUGAAGGAAAAAAUAUUGAGAAAAUUAGAACUCAUUGAAGAGGAGAAUGUCAAUAUGAAUAUGAAGGAGAUAUCUCUCGAAAAAUAAGACUCCUACAUGUAUUAAGAACCAAAUCUAACUGGAGUCAAGAGUCCUGCUGGAUACUCACCUAAAACUAAAUGA